AUGGAGGCAAUCGAUUCCCAGCAAGGUUCUUUUGAGCCUCAAUCGAUGAUGCAAGCCCUGGCUGCAGUGAUGGACAAACUAGAAAGGCGGUAUCGAUGGUGCUCGCUCCCAGAUCUGUUUCUCGACUACUUGAACCGUCGGUACGGGGACCCGAACGCAAAGGCACGAGCACUGGAUCGACUUCGAUCGUUGAAGCAGAAGCCUGAUGAGAGUUUCGCCAGUUUCUUCCCAAAGUUCGAGAAAGAGCUUGCCGAUAGUGGCGGUGGCGAGUGGGCCGACGUGGUGCAAAUCAAUUACUUGGAAGGAGCAAUUAAUAAUAGGCUCAAGUCGAGUCUCGUCAGUGCCGUCAGUCUCCCGAAGGAUUUCAACAGCUACGCCGAGCUACUCUUGACGAUUGGCUCGCGCCUAGAUAGCCUCAAUUUCCACCAACGACAACAAGGCCGCGAGCAGAGGUCAAGAAAGGAGUAUGGUCGUUUAUCCGAACCGCUCGAGUCCCGACAAAAGCCCCCGUCACCCGGAUCGCCAACCACGUCGUCCCCCCCGUCCGAUGAUCAGAUGGAUUGGGAACCCGUGAAAGCAAAUCGGUUGAUAAACGGCAGGAGGGCCCCGGAGGAAAAGCAAUUUGUUCCGUUGGAGGAGCGCAAAUGUUACGAGUGCGGGAAGCUUGGCCAUCUUGCGGCCAAGUGUCCCGGGAAGAUCGGCGGCAGCAGAGUCAAGGUCCGUGUCGAAGAGAAGACAAGAAGCUCGAGCAAAGCACCAAGAGCCCGCGGAGAGUUCUAG